AUGCCAGUGAUCAACAUUGAGGACCUGACAGAAAAGGACAGAAUGAAGAUGGAAGUUGAUCAGCUCAAGAAAGAAGUGACCCUGGAAAGAAUGCUGGUAUCCAAAUGCUGCGAAGAAGUAAGAGAUUAUGUUGAAGAAAGAUCUGGUGAAGAUCCCUUAGUGAAGGGGAUCCCAGAGGACAAAAAUCCCUUCAAGGAGCUCAAAGGAGGGUGUAUAAUUUCCUGAAAAUUUUGUUGGAGUUUAUAGAAUUAGUGACAAUACUUUUUUGUUCUCAUAAUGUAA